UUUGAUGAUAAUGGAUACUUAAUCAUUCCUAAUUUCUUCACUAAAGAGGUAGCGAACCAUUUACUCCAGCGUGCUAAACAACUGCUCAAUGACUUCUCACUCGACGGUCAUCCAAUGACGAAAUUCUCGACUGGAAGGAAAGAUGGUAACGCGGAUGGCAAGCAUGUUGGUGAUACCUACUUCUUAGAAUCGGGUGAUAAAAUUCGAUUCUUCUUUGAGGAAGAUGCUUUCAAUGCCGCUGGUGAACUGGUCAGACCUAAGGAGCUAUCGGUCAACAAGAUCGGACACGGCGUUCAUGAGCUGGACUCAGCUUUCAGGCACUUUACACUUCAGAAUGAUAAUAUCAAGUCACUUGCUCGCGAUCUCGGUGCUCAUAUAGAUCCACUAGUCUUGCAAUCCAUGAUCAUCUGUAAACAACCUAACAUCGGAGCUAAAGUUCCAAUACAUGAUGACUCCACAUUUCUCUACACUGACCCGCCUAGUGCCUUGGGCUUUUGGUUUGCGCUUGAGCCAUGUACGGCGGGACCCAUCAAUAAUGGUUGUUUGAGCUUUAUUCCUGGAAGUCACAAAAGAAACAAAGUCUAUCAAAGAUUUGUAAGGUUACCUGAAGGUGGAACUGGUUUUGCUAAAGUUGCAAAUCAGGAAGAUAAACCGGAUUGGGAAUCAGAUCCGAAUUGGGUUACUGAAGAAUGCGACGCUGGUACACUUGUGUUAAUCAACGGACUAGUUAUCCACAAAUCCGAACGCAACCUGUCCCCUCAUUCCCGAUUUAUUUACACGUUCCAUAUGAUUGAAGGAGAUGGUGGUUCUAAAUAUGAUGAACUCAAUUGGCUUCAACCAAGCCCUACGGUUCCGUUCUCGCGGCUUCUCGGAUGA